AUGGACGUCAUUGAGCAAAACGUGGCGCUGCAGGAGCUAUGGAGCCGAAGGGACGAGUACGGCCUUGAGUUUGUACUGGAUGAAAUGAAUCGGCUUCUUGAAAUGGGCCUCAUUUCCGCUGACGACUUCCAGCGGCUCAUGGUCGUGGAUGGAAAGAACCCAAGCGCCCAUUUGCAUCAUCCCCAACGGCACCACAAAGGACUGAACCAACGACCUCUACACACCCAACUACCACCAGCCCAAGUGCUAUCCAUCUUGAGCCAGAAUGCGGACGCUGUCAAGCGCGAGGAAUGGACGAACAAUGUCCAAGAGACAGUGCGGGACCUCAUUUCAACGAUUCUCGACCAAGAAAAGUACUCGUCCCUGCCCGACAUCCAAGGCCAAGUCGAAGCCACUACAGGCAUCGACAUGCGCUCGCACUUGGAUUGGCUCCAAGAUACCAUAUUUCAACAGAGCAAGCAAAAGCUGAAACGAAUCAACCAAGCUGCCGAAGUGAUUCGAGUCACCGCCGCCUCCACCCGAGUGCAGCGCGCGUUCCGAGCCCGACGGUGGGCACUCCGUCGUCGGUCUCGCCUUCGACUGGAACACACACGAGUGGCUGCCGACCGCGUCGCCCAGCAGGCCAUCCAAGGAUACGCGCUCGACGUCGUUCGUCGAUUGGUGCUCCGACAUGUGCUUCUGCGCCGAUUUCGGCUGUUGGUCCAACGAUUGCAACGAGAGGUCGUGCAACAGCAUGCCUUGGACAUUGCACGACGCCACAUGGCGCGUUAUCGAGUAGCCUCAUGGCUGCGGGUGUCUUGGCCGCGGUACACCCUUGCGAAAGAAACCCAUCGGCGGCUCACAGAGCUGGAAGCUUCGGUGGCCACGAUGGCCCAAGCGCUCGUCCGAGGGUUCCUCGUUCGAAGGCGCCACAUAUGCAUAAACAACUCUGUCAUCCACAUCCAGCACGUUUUCCGCCGCUAUCGUCUCGACAAAGUGCAAAGUGCAGCGGCCACAACACUGCAGACGUGGACGCGAAAACAGCGCGCGGUGGCGACCUACAAGGAACACCGUCGUCAGCAGAUUGACGCCAUGCAGUGCAUUCUACGCAUGUACCGGAGGUGGCGCCACGUACGAAAUCAGCGUGCGGCAGUUGCGGUCGUGGAGGCGUGGAGGGGCAGACACUUGGCCAUCCGACGUGCCAAGGACGUGGCCAGCGACCGACGAUGGCAGCGACUGCUAGACGCUAGCUGUCGCAGCAUCCAACGUCGGUUUCGUAGUUUUCUCGGUCGGGUUGUCCUGCAACGACAAGUCGCGGCGAAUUGUAUCCAGCGAAACAUGCGGCGACACCGCGUAUGUCUGCUACGCCGUCAAGUUGCUGGUAUGCGAAUCUUUCGGCAAGUGUGGGCGUGGCGCUUCCGCCGAGAGCGAGUGGUUCAGCGUGUCCUUCAUGCCGGAAAUCAGCAAUGUAUCGCAAGACGGCAGUCUCUGCUAGCCCGAAAGACUCAUGCGAGUAAGAUCAUCGCCACCAUCGUGCAAGGAUGGGUACUUCGAUGUCGAGAGGCCAAAAACGUAGCCGCCACCCGCUUGGGACGCUGGGUCCGAAAGUUCCUUGCGAGGCAACGGGCCCUAUUGGAGCGCAAGCAGAGGUCCAGCGGUCGGGUUCCCAUCCGCCCCCCCGCGAAGAAGCCUUACACGGUACCCGCGGCCACGGCUAACCCUCCCGAAACAAUUCAAACCCUACCGCCCGUGCGCCUCGUGAAGCGCUUCGAGCGGAUGUGCAAGACGUGCCAUCGCCACGCCCACCCGCACGCAUGCGAAGAGAUGGCAGUAGCGUCGUCGCCAGUGAAAAAGAUGGUGGCGGUCCGCACGUUUGGCGGACGCGUGACCAAAGCCACAGCCAUGCGAGCCCACGAACUGCUGCUCCUCGGCGAUAUGCAACGACAUCAUCGCCAUCUGCAAAGCCAGCCACCAUUUGUAGCCAAACCACCAGCUACCAACGACUCCACGAAACCGUUGUCGCUGCGCAAGAGUUUAUCCCUAAUGCGGGGGAUACCCACAAGUAACCAGGAGCACCAUGGCGUGUAAAGAGACAGUUGAGAGAUGUACUCCGAAAUUCUGUCGAUUGGGAAGAGUGCGACAAUCCAAAAUUUACGAAAUAUUUCAGAUGUACUGUAACUUUGGGACGUG